AUGGCGCAACAAACCGUUGUGAGUCCUGACAUGAUGGACAAUAUUCAAUUGUUUAAUUUUGUUGUUGAAUCACGUUAUACGUUAUUUAGUAACAGUAAUAUACCUGACUUAUGGAAACCUCUACUGGGAUUUAUUUUUCGGACUCAGCUUGAACCGAUAAACCUCAUAGAAAUGAUUUUACGGUACGUUCCUCCAACUAUUUGGUUUCCACACAGUGAUAAAUUAUGGUCUUUCACAAAAUUUUGUAGACCUGAAGAAGUGAAAGUGGUCAUAGUGGGUCAAGAGCCAAGUGAUAGUUAUGCUACUGGUCUGGCGUUCAGUAAAGAUGUUGGUACGGGGAUUUAUCCCUCAACAAAGAACAUUUUAGAAGAAGUUAAAAGUGAUAUUGGUGAAGAGAACCUUAGACGAGAAUUUCGAACGGAUUAUGGAAAUCUGGACUUAUGGGCUAAACAAGGAGUCCUUCUCUUAAAUUCAGCUCUAACAAAUUCUACAUAUAUAACUCAUCAAGGAAUAGGAUGGAAAUAUAUUUUACUUGAAUUAAUUAAACAGUUACAAAUAAUUAAUAAAAAAAUAGUAUUUAUGUUUUGGGGAAAAAACGCUAGGGAUUUAUCCCUUAAUGUUGAGGGCUAUGAGGGGAACAAACUUAUUGCUGGUCACCCCUCUCCAAAUAAUGAGUAUAACAAUUUUUCGGAUUGCAGGCAUUUUUCACAAGCUAAUGAAUGGUUAGAACAACACUCUAUUAAACCUGUAGAUUGGUGUCCAGUUCCUCCAGAAAAUAGUUCAUAA